UUUUCAUCUGUCUUGGACAGAGAGGUGGGUUGGGCGUGACUGUCAAAUCUACAUAUUCUCUCUCUCUCUCUCUCUCUCUCUCAUAAUUCAAUUCAAUUCAGGGACGGAGGGGUCUCUCUUCUGCAGAUUCGAUUCAAUCGCCCAUCUUUUCUACACUUCCUCGUGAAUCCAUCGUCUCCUUCUCUCAAUCUCUGUCGUCUUUCCUCCCUCUAAUGUUCUCCGAUUUUGAGGACUGGUUUUGGUUCUGGUUUUGAUUUUGAUUUGAGAUUUUCUGGCACUAAAAAUGGAGGGGGACACAUUCUCAGGCCUUGGCAAUGGAGCUCAGUUAGAUGGAAAGGUUGUUCAGACAUUCCAGAAGAAUUUUGUUCAAGUUCAGAACAUUUUGGAUCAGAAUAGGCUGUUAAUCAAUGAGAUCAAUCAGAAUCAUGAGUCCAAAAUCCCUGAUAAUCUCAGCAGAAAUGUGGGUCUGAUCAGGGAGCUCAAUAACAAUAUCAGGAGAGUGGUUGACCUCUAUUCAGAUCUCUCCAGUUCCUUCAGCAAAUCCAUUGAAGCUUCCUCUGAAGGGGACUCAAGCGGCCUGAGAUCAGAUGGGAAAGCUGGCCAGAAGAGGUAUCGGCCUGGGUAAUCCCAACAAAAGGUCAGGCCAAUUAAUUCUUGUGCAGUUCCAUUGCGGUUCUACAGAGAAGAAACUCACAGUGCUUGAACAUGAUUAGCUUUUGCAACUCUGAUGUAUCAGUCACCACCAGAAUAGCUUUUGCAACUCUGAUGUAAUAGGCGGUAGUUUUAGUAAACUCAAGGUUUCGAUCUAGUGAGUUUCAAUUAUAUAUCUCCAUUAAGUCUCGAGUGAUAUAAUCUUAUUUAUCAAUCGAAAAAAAAAAGCUCUAAUGUAUCAAUCGCCUGUGUUUUUGUU